CUUUUUAUUCUUUUACUGUGUAUAUGUUCUAUUCACCUUAUUCAUGACUGAUCCCUCAAGGUUUCAAUCAAGCUGGAACUUUAAUCAUCUCACUUCACCACGUGACAAUAUAUCACUGGAUGACAAUUUCAAAAUGUUAUCGUCACCUCGUCAACAUGGUCACUCUAACGGAUCGUCACCACUCUAUUCUUCUCUUUCAGGUCUACCAUCACCUUCACAACAGCAACAACGAUUGAAUGUCUCUCCUAUCUUUCCAUCUUUUGAUCCUUUCAAUACUGACGCACUGGAAAAUAGUACGAACAAUACAAAUAUUCACAAUACAAAAGACAAUGACCUGGAUGAACUCAGUAAUCUACUCAGUCGACAGUUUCUUGAAGAUGUAGAUGCUGAAACGAUACCAACUAACAGAAACAACUUUUCUUCUUCAACAAGGACAACAUUGGGUGGAAAUCAUACUCAUUCUGCAGAACUUACAACAACUCGAUUGACCACACCUUGGCGACUAAAUAUGGGUGAUACAUUCGGAAGGCCCUGGUCUCCUGUUGGUUCUGAUACAACAACUCUAGGAACACCAUCACUAUCACAUUCAUCGCUAUUACUAUCAGGGUCAUCGAAUCAGCACAAUACAAACAUGUUUACAUCAACGAUAGAUCAACAAAGACAAGAGGACACCAAUAAGAAUGAAUAUAUUUCAACUCCUACUAGAUCUUGGUGGGAUCGAUUUGAACCCUAUGAUAAUGAUUCUGAAUUUGAUCCAACUAUACAAUUUUCUCAAGAUAAUUUGAACGGUCAUCAUGCAACGACUGACCUUGUUACAACAACAACUACAACAACGACAGGGAACAAGGAUGAGACAGAAAAUAUAUCUGUAGAACAACAACAGGAACCAAGUAUGGCGAUGAUGGCACUGAAGAAACUAUCUCAAUUAUUCAAGGAUCAUGACGAAAAGGAACUGGGGAAAACAUUAGCAGCGUUUGAUUAUGAUGUGGAACGAACCAUUGAAGCCUUAUUAUCAUCAUCUUCAUCUACCGAAGUAACGACAACCACAACAUCAUCAUCGUCAUCAUCAACCACAACACCAUUAUUAGUAACACCAACCACUGUAUCAACAGACAACAACCAAAAAGUACAAGUAGUGACAUCUUCAUCACCCAAAGUAGGAAAGGUAUCCAAAACAGUCAUGAUCGCAUCAUCACCUUCUUCGUCAGUAACAACAAUCACAACAUCGUCAGCAUCAACAGCAAUAUCUGGAUCUCCCAAGAAACGUCAAGUAUGUCGACAUUAUCUUGCAGGUGAAUGUUAUCGAAAGGAUUGUUGGUUUGCUCAUGAUUUGGAGGUGAAGCCAUGUAAAUUUUGGUUACAAGGAUUAUGCCUAAAAGGUGAUACAUGUGAAUUCGCUCAUAAUUUGGAGGAAGUGGAAAAUGUUGCAAGAUAUCACUCACCUAAUACUUAUCAACAAGAACAAGAUGAUAAGCAGCAGGAUUAUCACCAAUACACUCCCACAGUAGCUGACUUUCCUUUGUUAAUAGCUAGACCUAGUAGAAAAUCAAAAAAGUUUCAUAAUAAAAAAUCAUUCAAAAAGUAA